CGUAAUUUUAAAAAAAAUACACUGAUUCUAACGUCAGGUCGCCAGACGUUAGAAUCUGCCGUUUUGAACAAAUCAGACGCAGUCAAAGUUUCACUUUUUUGUGAAAUUUCACAUUUCAUUUAAGAAAUGUAUUUUUUUUUGCAUAAAAUAGCUGCAAGUGAAUUAGCAAUUAAAAUGUAAGACCAGACGGUUAUAUCGGCCGUUUUAUACUCAUCAGACGUCAUGAAAAACUGACAUUCAGACUCCUAAGUUUAUUUCUUUAAUGCGGCAACACCGUAAAUCUGGCGCUAUUUAUAAAAAAUUUAAAAUGCAAGAGAAGAAAAUUUGUGACUUGUUGGUUGUCUUAUUCAGACAAACUUUUAAUUCCUAUACAGAGCUUCUAUUACUACCUUGGGAUUCUUAUACGAAAGACUUGGGCGUAUGGCAGGAAGAUCAUAUGAUGAAUCUGUUCAAGUAUUGCUUAGAGGACUUAAAAACAGUGAGUCUCAAACAAGAGCAGAGAGUUUAGUCACUUUAGAAAAGCUGUGUUGUGGAAUGGGUUCAGCAGCAUCCAAUCAGCAUCGUGAUAUCUUUAAGACCUGCAAGUUAUGUCUGUCAGACAGAAACAUGAAUGUUCGGGCUGCAGCAGCCAGGUGCAUGUGGGAAGUCAUGAAACAUUCGUCUAGUAUCCUACAGCUUAACGAAUUUGAAUCCAUAGCUGCACUGAGCUUUCGUGCUCUCGAAGGUUCCAAUCAUGAAGUUCGAUGCGCUGUGGCCCUUUUGUUAGGUCAUGCUGCUGCUGCAGCACUUACACCUCCUAAACCUGGCCCAGCAAGAACUGGUCUGUCGGCAGCAGCGAACCAGUCUACUGCCUCUUCAGCGGCGAAGGUUGCCUAAGUAGAAGAAGUUCUAGGAGUAAUUUCGACCGGAUUUUCUGUGGAGGUGGAGGUUUCCUAAAGGGAACAGGUGAAAUGAUUAAAGAACCAGCUGCCACAAGCCGAGAAGUUCGAGUUGGAGUCACAAUGAGCUACGUCGUCAUGGUCCAACAACUUGGUUUUACAUGGUUGGAGCGCCACUUAAACACCAUGUUGCAGCAUCUACUUGAUUUAGCAGCCCAGCCGCGAGCUGCUCCUACCCACGUUGACGCCGUCUAUUCCCGUCAGUGCAUCACUUUCGUGUUUCGUUCACUGUUGGGCAAAAUGUUGGGCGAGAAGCAGCAAACGGCUGCGUGUAAAGAAUUAGCUCGCAUUAUUAAUCAUCAGAUGAACAGCAUAGAUCCCAAUCCGGAGAAUGCAAAAGACAGUAGCACGCAGGAAACUAUAUUUAGUCAACAUCUUCUUGUUUGUGCGCUGCAAGGGCUUGGCUCACUUGUUCACAGUCUUGCUAGCUCUGCAUCGGCACUUUUGGCCGAUCAGGGAGCUGGCGUAAUUGAUUGUGCUAUCGCUGUCUUGCUUCAUCCGUCGCAAGCUGCUCGUCUUGCAGCAGCUUGGAGUCUGCAGUCUAUGGCCGUUGCUGUUCCAUCUCAUCUUACACUACUGAUCGACAAAUGUGUUGAUGCCCUAGAAAAUCUUCGAAGCACGCCCGAAGCUGUGUCAGGUUACAGCGCCGCUUUGGCAGCAUUGAUAGUUGGUGUUUCAUCUUCUAGCUUGGGCAUCCCACAUAACCGUGGAAAGGUAAUCAAUCUACUACUUUUCAUUGGUAUAACAUCUAUAGUAAUUGUUUUAAAUCCCAAAUAUAAUUUUAUUUAA